CGCCGUCGGUACGUCGACCUGCGAGAUCGCUUCUCAAUGUCUACGCGUCGUCACGUCGCCGAGAAGUACUACGAUUGCCUGCAGUGCGCCGAGCAAUGCCGUCACGCGGACUUCGGCAAUCCUAGUGGUAACAUCAGCGGCAGCGGCAACAACAACAACAGCGGCAGUGUCAGCAAAAACAGUGGCGGCAGCGGCGUCGUUAGUCGAAUUCGCGGCGCACGUCGUUUACCCACCACAAGCAUGGCGUUGUACGGCAAGGAUGUGUCGUCGCCUCCGCUCGACGAUAUGAAGAAGAUUCGCAACGGCAGGAGCAGCUUGUCUAAGUCCCUAUCGAGGCAUCAGUCCGCCCACCUGACACCAGCCAAGAAGAGGUCCUCGUUGGCCCGGCCGGUUCGCGUCCACGACUCCUUCGUGCAACCCAGGAGGUUGAUGGCGGCCGACGAACAUCUUCCGCAGGAAUCGGCCGAUGAGCCAGAUCAUCGGGAACAGGUUCUGCAGGAUCAGGCGAGCGCAAUAUCGUACAAGAACCCGUGGUGGUGGCAGGAGCAACAUCAGCGCGAUCAGCAGCCUAACACGUCGAGCUACGCUUACCGGGACGUGGAGGAGCGCGCCGGCGAGGACGGCGCCGGUUGGCCUAUCCGUCUGCGACUCGAGCAGAUGCUGGAGCUAACGCUACCUCAGACGAAGAGAAAGAAGAAGAAGAAGAAGAAGACCGCGGCCGCGGCCGCGGCGACAAUGAUGUUGAUGAAGCAGCAGCAGCGCAGCAGGCACGGCUUUAAGGACACGGAGAGGCUUCUUAAGGUACUCAGCAUUAACAAUGUGGACCAAGAUAAUAGGUACAACAUCAAACGAUGUUCCGUCAUGUAGAAGUUAGAGUUAAAACGAAAGAGGUUUAAAAAAGAAGUUUAAAAAGAAGAUAAAAAAGGAAAGCAAACAAAGGUAAUAAUAAAUUAAUAAGUCAAGUAAGUAAAGCGUGUAACAGACUCCUUAGGGACAAAAAAAGAAAACAAAGAAAAACACGUAGGACACUGAUACACUCGUAUCUGGAAUAUCCCGCUUCCGGGCAUUACUCGCGGUUAGUGGAGUCGCGGGGAUCGAGGCGUGGAAUCUGUUUCUAGUAUUCUCGAGAUCAAACCGCCGUCGUUCACCUAGGUGUUUACAUUCGUUGUAGCACAUGUGUUUCGCAUUUUAUAGGCGGAUCCUGCGACACGAAAACGCGACCAAGUACAAAUUGACGAAAACAAUAGCGCGAGAAGAAAAGAGGAAAAAGAAAUAAGGGAAAAUUACUCGCGUGCGUUCGGGUCUUUGUUUCAAUUUUGUUCAGCGCGAGAGAGAGUGAGCCGUUUCGGCGUAAUAAUUGCGGCAUGUUUUCUUACCAAAAAAACUCGAAACACCACGCUCUCCGUUCUUCGACGGACAUCACGGCCUCGAUAACGCGCGCGAGCGUCUUAGAAAGGCAGAAACCAUUUCCUCCUUGAGACCCUGUCGUUACGUUCUACCGUCGAUCAGUUUAGAAAUAGAGAGAUCCACCUGCCAGCCGCGUAUCCGAUCCGCUAUUUAGACACUCCGAGAUCUAAUAUUCCCCUUGUUGCUUUGAUCGGAUGUUUUUACUUUUAUAGGACGAAGUGGUCAAUGUCGGUCCAUUGAAGAAAUUCCAAAAGAAAAAAGAAGAAAAAUUUUAAAAAAUAUAUAUAAAGAAAAUAGAAAAGAUCCUUGACGGACGACGAUCGUUUGUUGUUAACGUGUUGCAUUUCGGUGUGCGGAUUACCACGUCUCGUUUCGUUUCACUUGAUGCACUUUGUGUCCGUGCAGAUGUACAAUGCGCGGAGCUAGUCGUUCGUAUAUACCACCUGUACCACCUGUACCGCGCAAAAACGAACCAAAACUCGUAAAUUUAGAAAAAAAAAUAGAAAGAAAAAAAAAUAGAAAGAAAACAAGAAGGUAAAAGAUUAGAAAGGGAAAAAGGAGAGAGAAGAGAAAGUAAAACCAAUUUCAUUCCACUAAACUGCCUGGGAUCAUCGCGGACGCCAAGUCGCGAGCUCCUCCCAAGUUUUACGACACAGCACCGCUCCGAAUUAUUUUUUAUAUCGAGAAUACCGACGGGCUGUUAUUCUGUCGGACGCGAAAAUGAUUAACGGCGGCUUUGCGAUUCGCUCGUUUGUGAUCGGAGAGACGAGUGGACGCAGGAGGUACGUCGCAUUUAUCAGAAUUAUUUCAAUCUCAUCCGAACAAUGACAUCGUAUAAAUUACAUUCGAAACGCGGAUUUUCUUUUCACAUCGCCGAUCAUUGGCUAUAAUCGUUUCGCACAGAAUUUAUCUUUAUUCUAAAUUAUGUAUCCUUUGCUAAAUUUUAUCUUUACGAAGCUGUAGCUUACAAGUUUAAAUUGUCACAUGGUCAUGAUUUCUAAGACCGCGUGUGGACUACUGAUUUGUGGAUCAACAUUCAGCAGAGUAUUAUCGCGUUAACAAAUUGACAAUGCAUGUAUACGACGUGAUACUUAAGAGAGCAGCUGAAAUUUCGCACGAAUAUAUGUAUAACGUACUUCCUUCGUUCGCUUGGCCCUUCGUGUUGUCUCGUUAACGGUAAUCGUCCAGAGAGAGAAAGAGAGUGAGAGAUAGAGGAGCAGCAAGUACCUACAAGAAAACGGAUGUACACGCGUAAUCCAAGUGCCAUAUAGCGUCGCAACAGCAUAAAGCCUAUAAAAACCUAAGCAUUUGAAUGAACGUUCCAGUAUUAAGUAUAAACAAGUGUGCGAGUCGUUGACGUAAAUUCAUGGCGCGAUGUUUCGAGACGCACUCCCCUUCGUCGUGUCGUAGACGCUCACACGCAUAUAGUGUAAGACAAGAACCCCCUGUCCGCGAACGAACGUUACGAGGGAGGCAAGUCGAUUCGCGUGUGUUCACCGUGCACGCACGUUCAAGUCGCGCAAUGGAUGAUCGCACUCAUUGAAGGAACGGGGGAACACGAGAGUCGUCGUGGUAAAGUCUCGAAAGUGUUUCCGUCGGGACAGCGAGCCACCUGCCUCUUAGUUAUUCCUCGAGUGACAAUUUCCGUGUCACAUGACAUUUUUUUUUCAAUCGCUCAACUGUCACGAAGGAGGACCACCGUCGACCUCCGUGCCGCGCCAGCGAGAGCUUCGUCCGAUUUUGACGCGCGCGAACCCGCGAAUCGAGAUAAGAUAAUCGUAGUUCUAAGUGUCGAGCGGGAUCAGACAGCGGGAGAGAAAUAUUGUUUCAUUAUACGUUACAUUGUACUGUCUUGUUCUUAUUGGAGUGCCCUUCCUUCGUUAAUGUGUCUGUCGAAUUAUUAACUGUAGCGCAUAGAGAAGUAAGCUGUUCCAACUUUACCACGCCCAGUAUUUCGUAAGAGUUAUGUGUUAUGCAAAUCCGGAAAGAAACGACGAGCGCAUAAUUUAUCGGCACGAUUGCGUUCAUCAGCACGAUAGCGGUAGGCGGUGAUCAGGCGAUCGAUAUGGAUCGCGCGCUGAGUAAACACGACGUUCCGCUUUGAGUCAUUGUGUGUGCGUCCUUCUUUCUUUCUUCUCUUCUUCUGUUGUUUUUUUUUUUUACUUUUAUUUCAAAUUCACUGUGCCGACGAGAGAGAAAAUUCGAUUCGACUGGCGUUUGAAAAUGGUUGCGGAUUAACUGUAUCUGGUGUGACGUAAUCCUCAAUGUUGGAUAUGUUAAUAAGUCUAGUCUAUUUACAAGAGAACCUUUGCUAUACACCCGUGCAAAUGUAUCGUUUCAUCGGAAAAAUAGACUGCACGAAAAAUAUAUUAUCUAUAUAAAUAUAUAUAUAUAUCAUAUA